UCGUUAUCCAUCCAAUUCCAGAUCCAUUUCCAUCUAUUGGUCAAGACUUGUAAAAGACUUAAAAGAGGAGAGAGGAUAGUGAUAGUGAAUAGUGAUUGAUAUCUGCACGUUCACGCGAAACGGCAGUCUCAUCUCAUCAUAUUCUUGCUUGCUGCGUUGCUUACAUCAACUUUUCUUUGGGUCCGACGUGUCCUUACGGUCUCAACUUUGCGUUUCUGUUCUCCACCGCUUCAAAUUGAAUUUUCAAUUCAUCGUUCACUCUUCUUCUUCUUCUUCUUCUUCUUCUUCUUUAAAUUAACUUUUCCCACCUUACUAACUCUAUUCUCAAUUUUGAACUCUCCCUCCCUUCUAUCCGUCUGUCCUGACUUGUUCGGUUCGUUGGUUGCUCUGAAGGAGCAGAGAAGGGAUUUUGCAUGACGAGUGCUUCGGAGCUUUUCUAUGUCCGCAGGUCUCGCGCAGGCCGAAAUACCACUGAAUUAGGGCUCUUUUCCGCUACCGAUCGAAAUCUCCACCAGAACCGUCGCCAUACUUACCAACGCAGCGACGACUGCGAUCCGUUACGGCGAUCUUCGCAUGUCAGGCAUCUCUGUUCUCCUGGAUUUCAUACGGGGCGAGAAGCUUCUAGGAUCAACCAUGGUGGUAGCCAAUCUGGUACAGGCAACAGCACUGGUACAGAAACUUCAAGUAGAAGAACCGACAGAUUGAGAUUCUCUAGUGGCAACAGACUUCCUGGAGCUGUAAUACAGGCAAGGGAAAGACUCCUUGAGAGAUUGAGAGGUGUAUCUCUUUCUGGAAACAGAUCAACCACUUGCUGUUCAGCAAGAAUGGUGGCGUUAGAGAUGACAUUGCUAGCCAAUUACAGUGUAGGUGCAAAGCAGGGGUGGAUCAACACCAAGCAUUUCUUGGGAUGAAUUUGCAUCCAGCGAUGACUGGGAUACUGAAAUUCCAAGGGAAUGGUUACCAGGCAGUGCCUCACUUGGUGGACCAACUGCUCAAGUGGACGCAUUGUCAUCCACGCAAGGCAUGAACCAGAAGAAGCCAGCAGGACUCAGCCGAGAGGAGAUUGACUGUUUGCACAGGGAGAUCUUCAGCUAUACUGGCAAAGGCCCAUUGGAUGCAACGCUAAGGCCAACAAAUGAGUGUAGCAUAUGCCUGGAAAGGUUUCAAGGAGGAGACUGGUUAAUUAGCCUACCCUGUGAGCAUAGGUUUCACUCGGCGUGCUUAGAUCCCUGGGUGCAAAUUUGUGGGGAUUGCCCAUACUGUCGAACGGCAAUUGUUGUAGGUCAUCACCAAAUGGGGAUCAAGAAACCAUUAAAUCCUCACUGAGAUGUUUUUGUAACUUAGUUUUUGUAUCAAUUCGGGUCUCUUUUAGUGGGAGAGAAUAGGACAGUCUGUAAGGAAAUUUACUAAAGUUUGUUGUCGAUAUGAAGGACAUAUAUUUGUGUUUUGUCUGCAAGAAGUGGAAAUAACGGUGGUGAUAUAUUUGGCAUCGAUGCUGAGAAAAUGGUGUUACUGAUAUGUGGGUUGGAAGUACCGGUAUUGGUACCUAUUAUAGGAAGUUCACAUUAGUAUCACAUCAUGUUCUGUUGGUAGCAAAAUCUGGUGUUGCUCUAAAUCACAAUUUUUCAAUUUUCAAGGCA